CUUUUAUAGCAAACAUUUUUUUACUCUUUUUUCUUUUCUUUGUCAGAUUAAUUUGUAAAGUUAGGGCAUAUAUCGUCAGAAACAUAAACAAUAACCGUUACUCUGUCAUUGCGUAUUACGCGUUUUUGCUAUUGUUACAAUUGUGAUAAUUGUGCACACUCGCUCAACGAUAGUAUUUCAAUCAAGGUCAUAUGGAGCAAAAAACAAUGGCUUCACAAGAUCUGUGAGCACCUGGUUUUCUUUUGGUUGCAAGCUUUUACAGCUUUAAAUGGUGAGUUGUUCAGGGUUACUUUUUACGUUUAGCUUAUUGCUAAUUGCAACAUCUGCAAAUCAAGCGCUUAAAUGGUAUCUCAAGGUGCUAAGAGAAGAAACACGGCCAGACGGAAGUAAGUAUUUGAGGCUAGGACAAAUUGAACCACAAAUACACUUUACUUUUUUCAACGACUAUACCAUGGACGCAGUCAAGGGCUGCUUAGAAGGAUACUUAAAACAAGAGCAUCAUUUGGACGUUGAACAUGUUGUAUUGCAUUUAGUAAGAAACGGCAGAGUGGAGAAGCUUGACGGCAGGGACACGUUUAUUUCAAAGAAUAUAAACUAUGAUGUUAAUUUGAAACUGGAUUCAUGUAUUAGAGUAAAAGGAAAAAUUGUGUUGCUUUCAAACAAUGCAAAUAGACCAAAACAGCGUGCGUGGGAGGGAAGCAUGAAACCGGGAGAUUUUGAACCUAUAAAUAUUAUCAACCGCAGAGCAAGAGCAAUAAAGCGAUACAACGACUAUGUGUACUACUACAAUUACUACUAUUACUACCACAAUUGCGAGUAUUACAGGAACUAUUACAGGAACUAUUACAAAAACUAUUAUAAUCGAUAGUGCAGUCAUACAUAAAAUUACAUGCGCUGACUUAAAUACAAAAACCUACUAAUUGCUUAGGUAUUGGUUGAUAUCUUGCAAAAGCAUUAAAAGCUGAUGCAGUGC